AUGAUGCUGUCAUUGUUUUACAGACUUGGUUUGAGCCACGGUGCAAAUUAGUGGUGAAAGAAAACGACGGUGCUCGUCAACUGAGGACGACACCAUGGAGCCGUCAAAUAAACAGAAGCAGGAUGUUGGAACAUCAGCUAAAAAGAAGAAGGACAGAGAGAAUAGGAACUCCAUUUCAAAUGAUUUAGUGUAUGACUGGAAUCAGAAGAAUGAAUUUGUGACAGUAUCGGUGUUAGUUGGUCCCGGUCAUGAUAAUCGUACAGUUAGCGUCCAUACGGAAGCGACAAGACUCACCGUCUCUCUCUCGGAUGGGAGAAAAUUUUCAACACGUUUAUAUGAGAGUGUUGUGCCUGAGGGGACGAGCGUAUCAUUUAAAGGACCCAAAUGUUCCAUUAAACUACUAAAGAAUGAUCCCCAAAUUCAUUGGUUACAAUUAGAGCCUGGUAAAAAGCUUACUCCUGAAAAAAUAUUUUCUGCCAAGAAUAAGGCCUCUUCACCUGGGAAGACUGCGGAGAAAAAGAAUUCGGAGGCUGAAGGAAAGGAAGACAAUAAUAUUAUAUCUGUAACUAGUAUAAAGAGUGAUAUAAUGGAGCGAGAUGCAGAGAAAAUUAUUGGCUUAGUAUUGUAUAUAAAGAAUGUUAACAAGGAAACAGCAGCUGUAAAUUUCACAGAGGACUCUGUUACCAUCAAUUUCUCUUCAAGUGAUCCACGUUUGCUACAACAACACCCAGGUUCAACUGAGGAGUCCAUUUUUGAAUGGAAAACAGGCUUAAAAGAGAAGGUUGAGCUAGAGGAAUGUAAAUAUAAAAUUCUUCCUUCUAAAAUUGAAAUUAAGCUCAAGAAAAAGAAUGUUAAGAAAUGGGGAUCAGUUAUACCUGCAACACCGGAAAAUGCUCCCAGUACAAAAGUGGCAAAGAAUACUUGGAUUUCAGCUGGAAAGUCAGAGGCACCAAAUCUUGGAACCAUACCACCAGCACCCCCUGCACCACCAACACCCACUGAAAAGAAGCCAAUGUGUUUAGUGUCUCCAGUAAGUAAAGGAAUGAGAGGGGGACCGUCAUCUUCGUAUUCGUCAUCAUCAUCGGUUUGUGAUGGGGGAGGAAAUGUUGUUCCUCGUGGUACUACAGGCUUGGACAACAUUGGGAACACUUGCUUUAUGAACAGUGUUCUGCAAUGCCUAAUCAAUAGUAUAGAGCUCCGGGAAUAUUUUUUAGAUUUUAGUUUCCAGCAGGACAUCAAUAAAGACAACCCAUUGGGCAUGGGUGGUAAACUUGCCACUGCCUUUGCCUCUCUUAUGAAGCUACUUUGGUCAGGCACCUUUCGUUCUCAUGCUCCUACUAAGCUCAAGUCCGUGAUGUCAAUGAAAGCAAAUCAGUUUUCAGGGUUUGCACAACACGAUGCUCAGGAAUUUAUGGUCGAGCUUUUAGAUGGUCUUCAUGAGGAUCUCAAUAGAGUUAGGAAGAAGCCGUAUAUUGCUGAACCACCUGAUCUUGAUGGAUGGCCAGAUGAGCAAGCAGCAGAUGAAUCUUGGAAGUUGCAUAAAAUGCGUAACGACUCUGUUAUUGAUGAUUUAUUUAAAGGGCAAUUUAAAUCGACACUUACAUGUCACCAGUGCAACAAAAUUUCUGUCAAGUUUGAUGAAUUUUGUUGUUUAUCAGUACCUAUACCCAAAGACCAAAAGGUUAUUCAAGUUAUUUUCUUUUGGAAAGAUCCAAGUCAGAAGCCAAAGAAGUAUUAUAUUCGUUUUGCUGCGAAUGCAUCUGUUGAAGAAUUGAAAUAUGAGUUAUGUGAGAGAACUGGUGUUCAGGCGUCUUGUAUACAGGUCUUUGAGAUGUUCAAGUCUAAGAUUCACAAAAUAUUCACCAAAGGUGCUUCAUUGGCAUCAGUUGUCCCAACAGAUGCUCUGAUGGCGUAUGAAGUUUACAAUGAGGCACAGGUUGGUGAACCCGUUGUUGAAAUAGCAGUUGUACAGCGUAUGAUGAUUCCAAACCCACCUACACGUUGUGCCUAUUGUUCUCGUAAUGCUCCUCCUGGCUCUAAGCUGCGUCGGUGUAUGAAAUGUUUCCGAGCAGGAUACUGUCAUACAUUAUGUCAAAGGAACCAUUGGAAUAGCCAUAAAAUUCACUGUAAGUUGGUUCCAGAGCCAGUUGGGUGCCCUUUUAUAGUAUCACUGCCAGAAAGUCAUGCCACAUAUUCUCGACUUACUAGAAUCAUGGAAGGUUAUGCUCGUUAUUCGGUAGACAUCUUCCAGCCUCCUGUCUUCCAUGACACAUCGCAUCGAGGAAGUACUUCCAGUAUAGAGCUCUCAGGGGAAGAAAAUGAUGAAAUGGAGGUAGAAGAUGGAGAAAAUCUUAAUAGAGGGGAAAAUGGUGACAUUCUGAUGGCUGGAGAAAGUUCACAGACAGAUUCUCAAGGUCAUUGGGUUGAUGAUGCAGUGGGUGGCAGCUGUGAAGGUGCUGUUGGUGGUGAUAGUGGUGGAGGCAGCAGUGAUGGUGGUGGGAGUGAUGGUGGUGGCGUGGGAAGUGGUAGUGAUGAUCCUCCUCAGCUUUCUAGUUCUCCAAAUGUUAGAGCAGUACCACCCCGAGGAAGUUUACAAUUACCUUCUGCAACUCAAUUGUUUGUUUUGCGACCCGUGAAUGUACAAGCCCAGAACUUACCUGCACCAAAUGGGGAACCUUUAGAAGACAAAGGAGAAGAACCUCUGGAUUUAAGUGACAAGUAUUACAUUGCAAUGGAUUGGAGAACCAAUGAAAGACUUCCUGGCUAUUGCUUAGUUCAAAAUAAAGAGGUUGACUGUGAGGUUGAAGGAUCUUGCACGUUACAGCGUAACCAGCAGACUACUUUGGAGGCUUGUAUAGAACUUUUCACCCAGCCAGAAAACUUAUCUGAGGGGGAUUCUUGGCGUUGUCCAAGAUGCAAAAAACCAGUUGAAGCUACAAAGCAGAUGAGUAUAUGGAGAUUGCCACAUGUGUUAAUCAUUCAGCUUAAAAGAUUCUCUUUUAAAUAUGUUUUAUAUUCAGAUAAAAUUGACAAAAUUGUGCAGUACCCAGUUAGAGGGCUUAAUGUACAACCAUACAUGUCCAGAAAACCAGAAGAUGGCCCUGCCAUUUAUGACUUAUAUGGAGUUAUAAAUCACAUGGGGCGUCUAUUAGGUGGCCAUUACACAGCAUAUGCGAGAACUGUCGCAAAGCAUGAUACUCGUCAAAGUGAAGUAGAUUGGAGGUUGUUUGAUGAUAGCAGAGUCAGUUUCUGUCAAGAAUCUCGUGUUGUUAAUGAGCAGGCAUACUUGCUGCUUUAUCGCAGAAGAGAUACACCUUUUGUUAUAAGUCGUCCGUUACCGCCCCCUGCCCCUGUAUUGGAAGAAAGUUCUUCUGAACAGGCAACAGAAAAUGAGGAAUCAUGUCCAAUGUCAGUUUCAUCAACAUCUCAGUUAUCAUCAUCUCAGCCUUCAACUUCAAGUUUAGAAGGGGAAGAACAAUUAAGUACCACUCAGGAAGAACUUGAUUAAUCCAUUUUAUGAUAGCUUUUGUAAGUAAUUUUCAUAGGGUAGAUUGCUGUGCAAGUAAUUAAAUUGUCUACCAUAUACAGAAUAAUCUACUUGCACAGAAAUCCUGGUUGUGUAAAUUUCUAUUAUGUACUGUUGCACAUCCAUGUACAUUUUCAACACUUGGAACUUUAGCUUUACUGCUUAUCUCUUGAAAUUGGUUGUACUUUUAUCAAUACAAAAUUAUUGUAAUGCACCAUAGUUCUUUGUUCAUUUUCAGCUUUAGUUUUUCAGUUUAUCUUUCUUGUCAUGCAUCUAACAUUACCCUGCUGUGGGUAAUGAACACGGGUAAACAAAUGCCACAUUUAGUCCAGUACUAUUUUUCCGAGAGCAGAUUCAGUAAGAUGUGGUCAUGAUGUGCAGACUCUUUAAUUUAUUUUUUUAGUAAUUAUACGUUGAUGUAUGAUUGUCAGCUUUAUUACUGAAUAUAUUUUUCACAUGUUUUUCUGUAAAGAUGUAAUUUAUUUGUGUGAUCUCUUUACUUGUUUAGUAUAUUGUGAUUAGUGUAUGCUUCCUAAAGGAUUUGUUUAGUGUUCAGGAAAGGAGUGCCAAAGCAUGCUUUUGGAGUGUUUUUUAAUUGAAGUUAAACUUCAUUUGUGAACAUUAUUUUUUAGGUAAAUACUGGAAUUUUGUUUUGUUGUCCCUUAUGUCAAUUGGAGAUCAGUUACAGAUAAGCCUUUGAUCAUUGCAAAUUAAAAUAAAAAGUUAGAAACUUAACAACGACAUUUACACUUGGUGUUAAAGUCUUCUAGGGGGGUGUGAGAUAAAUGGCAAGUGUGACCAAUUCACAAUACAGUCUUUUACUGUAUUUUGUUGAAUACUAAUGGACAUCAAAAUUAUAUACUAAAAGUUUGUGGUGCUCGAAUAAUUUAGAUAAUGGAAUUCCAAUUUGGUGCUGUUAACAAUGGAUUGAUUAUUUUAUCUUGCCCACUUAUGGGUAUUAAUUGCAAAAAUCUAACACACUCAUAUUUUACAUAAGUACAACUUAUUGAAUUUAAAUAGUGUUUGUGAUUUUGUGUUGCUCCUCACAUUUAGUAUUUUAUUAUACUUGAGCUGUUGAAUUUUGGGUUAGGUAUUUGAUUUGUUAGGUAUGGAGAAAGGGAUAAAAUAAUAAUGAUUAAGGUCUGGUAGAUCUGUUUAAUGAUAAUGUGACUUAAAAAAAGAUAAAUUUAAAUCAUUAUUUGCUCAAAGGCCAAAUAAAUUUUUCAGAACAGUAUUAUAGCUGGUUAGACAUUUUUUUCACUGUAUUCAUAAAUGAAAAAUCUGAUAUGAACAGGAAUAUUUGUAUCCCAAGAUUUUCUUACAGCGUUAUAUUGUUCAUGACAGAGUUCGUCGAAAUUGGAAGGAAUAAAAGAAGCUGUUUAUAAAAAAACUGAGAUUGAAAUACUUGUGUAUGUAAAAAUAUAGUUUGGUAUAGAAUUUUGUGAAAGUGUUGAUCAGUUAGUGUUGAUUGAAUACUAUUGGUAGUUUUGAAGAUUAGUUGCCAUCUUAAGGCUUACACAAAUUGCAGAUUUAGAGAAAAGCAUGUGUCAAUGCUCUGAGCAAUCCUUUCCUAUAUACUUGACCCCAACUGUGGUAAUUGCAAAGCAAAGUUUAAACUUAAUGUGUUAUUUCAUGAAAUGAAAUGAGGAACUCAAAGUAGUUCAUUUGGUCUACAAGACCUGUCUCCCUUAUUUUGGUAGGGGAAUAAGUUCUCUCUUUUAUUGAUGUGAUGAUUCAUAGUUCUUAGUUUAUUAAAAAAAGAAGUAGUCAUGUAAUAAUAACUGUCAUUUUAGCAUAACCUUUUUAAUUGGUGAAGAUGUUGAUGAUUGCGGGGAAAAGGAAGUGGAGUAUCAAAUUUUAAUGUGUUAUUGAUAUGUAUGUCAGUCAUGUCUGUUAUUAUUUAAGUGUACCCAUGAAGACUUUUUGUCAUUGACACAAGUCAGAUUUUUCACAUAGGUGUCUUAGGGUAUUACAUUAUCCCUCAUGGUCAUGAAGAUAUAAAUUGACUUUGCUACAAGAAUUUUGAUGGUCUUGUCAUCCUUGCAUAAUGAAGUUUUCUAACUACUGUAAAUGUAAAACAAGAAUUUGGAAGAGAUGAUUAUACAAAAAUAUAUUGUUACUAGCUUUAAAAUACAAAUAGAAUCAAGGAAAAAAAUUGAGUUUGGAAAAAGUUUCUCAGAAAGGAUGAGUUUACUGCCAAUUUGAAUGUGAAAAUUGAUAAGGGUUUGUUAGCUGAAUACUGUAGGUCUGUUUGACAUGAAAUACCAGUACAAAAUAGAAUUGUAUUCUAAUGCUGUGGAUGUACAUCAUUGGGAUAAAGAUAGUGCUUGCAAUAUAGAAGCUCACUGUUAUGUAUUUGACAUACAUGAUUGAAUGAAUAAUACUAGGAAUGAACA